AUGGCAAGAGCAGUAGUUAAAUAUGAUGGAAUUAUGUGUGGAAUGUCAAGUGGUGCAGCAAUUUUAGCAGGAUUAAAAGAAGCAGAAAAACCAGAAAAUGAAGGAAAAACAAUAGUUAUUAUUGUACCAUCAUGUGGAGAACGAUAUUUGUCAACAGACUUAUAUAAGAUUAAAGAUGAAGGUACAAAAAUACAAAUUCUUGAUUCAUUAUUGAAUGAAUAA